CAGUUGGUCUUAAACAAAAAUCGAUUAUUUCAUAAAGUAGAAAAAAAUACAAAAACAACAACAACCUCCUUAUCAUUAACAAUUGUCCAAGGAUUUACUACAAAAGAUUUAUUUGCCACAGCAAGUUUAAGUGGGCGAUGCCAGCAUUAAAAAGGAAUUAAAUUAGCAAAAGUUCAAGUGCAAAACAACAAAAAAACUUAAACAGCUAAAUAAAUUAUAAAAAAUAAAAAUAUUCAUUCUAAAGAAAACUAAUUACAGUUUAUUAUAAAGUAAUUAAAGUGAAAGAUAUAAAAAUAUUUCUAAGACAGCAGACAUAGUGUGGAAAUAAAAAUCAAGCUAAAAAAAGUAGGGUCAAAAAACACGGAUUAAAUGAUAAAAAUCCAAAAGGAUUUACAACUUAAGACAACGAUAAGCAGCUCAUAAAACCAACAUCCCUUUAAUAAAAGAUCCUCUCCCUUCAAAAUACACACAACAAACAAAAUGGCCACGUCUAGAAUAGCAUACGAAGGUUCAAAACUGCAACACAUCUUAAGCCUAAUGCUGGUCUUCAUUAGCAGUUCUCUGAUUACCUCUAAUACCUUCGCUCUAACCUCUUCAAAUAGCUGUGGGCCAAAUUUUCCAGCGGUCUGCAGUUGUGGACGUGAAAUGUAUGAGUCCUCCUAUCAAUAUGUAGUCAAUUGCUCUAAUGCUGGCCUAAAGAAUACCAGUGUUUUGGAAUUUAUGCCACAAGAUGUGGAAAUAUUAAUAUUUACGGGUAAUUUUUUACCCGAAUUACCCUGGAAUGUCUUUGGAUCAAUAAACAAUUAUAAGAAUUUGAAAAUCGUUGACAUGAGCAAUAAUCAUAUACGAGAAAUUAGAGGCAAAACAUAUCAUCAUGUACAAAAUGUUGAGCGACUUAUAUUGAAUCAUAAUAAUUUAAGUAUAUCACGAGAUGAUGAUGAGGUUAAUCAUCACCAUCCGAGAGUGUUUUCAAACUUUUUGAAUUUACAGAGUUUACACUUGACAGAUGCCUUCGAUGAUAACAGUUCACCACAGUUGAGCGAAGAUUUACAUGACAUUUUCAUGAACAGUCAAUUAACCAAAUUGGAGAAAUUACAUUUAGAACAAAACGAGAUAACACAUUUCAAGGAUCGUAAGGUGUUUUGUGAUUUACCCAGUCUAAGAGAUCUACACUUGGGUGAUAAUUAUUUAAAGGAUAUAAAUUUUGAAGUGAAUUGUUUGAAAAAUUUAAGAUUUUUAGAUUUGGAACGUAACAAGUUUGAAUUUGUUAAAACGCAUGAUCUACUGCUGCUGAAUGAACUGGAGGCUAGACCUGAUCGCGAUACCAAUUUAAUAGUGGACUUUAAUUUGAAUCCCUUCACCUGUGACUGCAAAAUAAGUCCCUUCCGCACUUGGAUACACUCAACCAAUGUCACUGUACGCAAAAAGGAAACCAUGAUGUGUUUCCACAAUAAAGUAGAUCCAUUGCCCAUUUUGGAACUGGAUAUGAAUGAAUGUUCAGCUGCUAUAGCAGCCGCCAAUAUAAUGUUUACCACUGCUAAUGACAAUCAUUAUGGUGCCAUGCACCAGGACAGUGGUUUGGCUAGACACACUGCCACUCUGAUAUUUUUAUUAAUUGUACUGAGUAUGAUCUUAUUGGGUCUGGUUAUAGCUUUGAUUUAUGUAAGUCGUGAUAAAUUGAAGUUUAUGAUUACACCCGUAUUCGAUAAUGUGGCCAAAAAGGUACAAUAUACCACCAUUAAAGAUGAAGAUUGUCCAGAGGUUCAUGUCUAAGUAAGAUGUAGAGCAGGAGCAUAAACAUGUAACUCGACUUGUAGAUCCCUCCUAGAAUCCUCCCCAAAAUCAACUAAACUACUAUAAUAACUAACUAAUCCUGCUGCAGUAAAGAAACGAAAUGUAAAAUAUUUAAAACUGAAAAAAUUAAUAAAAUAAAAUAUAUUUAAAAUUAUUUUAUUUUACUAACUUAAGAUGUCAUUAAACUUUAAUUUUUUGUAAUUAUUUAUUAAUUUCUUUUUUUAUUAAAUUCUUUAAAUUUGUUAAAUUUGUGCCAUUAACCAUAAACAAAUAAUCGUCAAAAUAAUUUGUUUUCACCAAACAAGGGGUGUAAAGCAAAAAGAAAACUUUCAAGUUUCUAAAACUAUAGCGUUUUUCGUGAAAAAAGUUACAGUGAAGACAAAAAUAUUUUAAAACUUUCAAAAAAUCUUCACCCUUGUUUGAUUCGUCCAAUUAAUUUAUUUCAUUAAAUCGAUACAAAAUAAUACAAUUAUUUAACUUAAUCAGGUAUUUUGUUAUCCAUUAAAAAAUAAAAAUUAUAAUUAAUAUUUUCUGUCAAUUAUUUAAUUUAAAAAAAAAGUAUAACGACCAUGUUGCAUUUAAAAAAAAACAAAUACAUUUUAUUAACAAAAAAUA